AUGUGGGCGUGUACGGCUGAGGAUGCCAUGCGCAAGUGGCUGCCGCCGGACCUUGCACCCUCGCUGCCCAAGUCCUCCACCGACUGGUUUUCGGCUUCGAGUUCAGUGCUUGCCGCGCCCACGUUCAACUUCGGAGGAGGGUUUGAUGGCCCCAAGCAGGCCACUUCGCUGGUGGAGCAGUGUGUGGCGUUCAUCGCGCGCGACUUUGAGUUCUGCCUUCGCGCCAAGCUGGUGCUGCCCGAGCACCUCUACCUCCGGGUCCUCCAUCACACCUUCACCUCCAAGCUGCCCUCAUCCUAA